AUGCAAGAAGACCUCUCGGAUCUCCCAGCUGCCAUCGAGGAGGUCUCCAAGCUUAUGGGGAUUCGAGGCUUCACCGGUUCCUUGAGCGAUGCAGCCUUUGCUUCAGAUGCGCUCCGUAUCGAGGUCACCGGUCCUACCGGACUGCAGCUCAGUGUUGUCGAUCUUCCUGGCCUAAUCUCCGUCUCCAACGAGGAACAGUCCGAAGCAGGUGUUGAAGCUGUUCACGCCAUGGUCAGGAGUUAUUUGCAAAGCACCAGGGCCAUUAUCCUUGGUGUCGUUCAGGCUAGUAACGAUGUUGCGAACCAAGGCAUCAUCAAAAUCGCCCGCGAGUACGACCAAGACGGCCAGCGUACUAUCGGAAUCAUCACCAAGCCCGACCUCAUCAACACGGGCACCGAAGAUAGGCUCGCUAAAAUUGCGAAGAAUCAAGACUCGAUUAAGUUGAAACUUGGUUUCUUCUUACUCAAGAAUCCAAGCCCUGCUGAGAUAAAAGGCCUGGGAGCGAAGCUGAGCCGCGCUGAGCUGGAGAUGAACUUUUUCUCGUCGCCUGCUUGGAAAGCCCAAGACCUUGACACGACCCGUGUCGGUAUUGAGAACCUCAAGGUCUUUCUGCGGGAAGUCUUGGAUGAGCAUCUCGAGAGAGAGUUGCCCAAGGUUACGGUUGAGAUCAGACGUCUUCUAGCCUUGAAAGAAGAGGAGCUCGAAGCGAUAGGACCUGAACGCCGGUCCCUCGGGGACAUCCGUUCGUUUAUGACCAACUUGAGCAUGCGCUACUACACGCUCGCUCAAGCCGCCCUCGAAGUGAAUUAUCACAGUUCAGAUGUACAAUUUUUUGAAAAGAAGAACGGCACUCGUCUCCGUUCCUUGGUUCAUCAACAAAACGGUCAGUUCGCCGAAGUGAUGCGUAGCCGUGGCCACAAACGGAAGGUGGUGGAUGAUCCGCAUUCAGAGACCAACGGCACCAGUAACGAUAUGAAUGCACAGCUCAUGGUCACAAAAGACGAGAUGAUUACGUGGAUUCAGCAUAUAAGGGGUCGCGAGCUCCCUGGCAACUACAACCAUGUUUUACUUACUGAGCUCUUCUAUGAGCAGUCCAGCCCGUGGCGCAAGAUUGCAGAGGACCACGUCUCAAAAGUUAUAGACUGCGUCUGCAAAUGGGUUCUUCAGGCUUUUUUCCGACUCUUCUCGAAAGAUCGCUUGCGACGAGAUCUCACCAUGCUUUGUCAGGAGCGGUUGGAUAAAUGCAGAGUCCACGCUUUUGAAGAACUACACAAGAUCCUGCUCGCUGAGAAGAGACAUCCCAUUACUUACAAUCAUUGCUACUCGACAACGUUCAGAAAGCCCGCAAUGACUCCCAAAAAUUGGUUCUAA